AUGAAACAAGUCAAAAUUCUCCUGGCUAUGGUGCUGGGCUUCAUUGAACGCAUUAUUCAAUAUGUAAUUGGUGUCGACGACAAAAAAUUAUACGCAUUGGACCAUGCCAUUCUCAGCAUGGAAGUGCCUCCCAGAAGCAUGUGGAUGAAUUUGGGUUAUUGGAAGGAUACAAGCUCUUUCAGUAAAGCCUGUGAAUCACUCCUAGAUCAAGUUCUGAUCACAGCAAAGCUUCUCAAUGAAGAUGGGACGCCCGUUAGAUCACAACAUCAGGAGCAGGAUUCCAUAAAGCUGAUUGAUGCUGGCAUCGGUUGCGGUGACCAGUCUUUAUACCUAACGAGGAGACUCUCUAGAGGCUGUACUGACUCCGUCACUGCCCCCUCUUCGAACGGGGUAAAGACAGCUAUUGAUAACAGUAGUAGUGUCUAUAGCAGCGAGACUAGAAAGAGAAGAGGGUUGAGCUUUCACGAAAGCCGACCUUUAUUUGACUCGUACGUGGGAAUUACUAUUGUACAAUCCCAGGCAGAGCUUGCUCAAGAGCGCCUCCUAGAGGAUACUACGGAAUCCUCUACGAAGCCCCCAGGAUGGACGCCUGAUGUGAAGAUUUUUGCCGCCGACGCGGCAGACCCUUCGUCAUGGGGGAAUGAACUUCAGCAAAUUACCUUAGGCAACUCUAGUCUUGAUGGAACCACAAGUGAGGACACUGAUACUGACAAGGGGAGUGGGAAGACACAAAGGUGGCUGUUAGCCCUUGACGCAAUGUAUCAUUUUAAACCGUCUCGAGACCCGUUGCUGAAAUACGCACGCCGAGACAUGCAGGCUUCGAUCAUGGCAUUUGACCUUCUUAUAUCCGAAUCGGCAUCAUUCUGGGAAAAGCUGAUUCUACGAUCGAUGUGUCUUAUAUCAGGGAUGCCCUAUUCGAAUUUCCUUACGAAGGAGGACUAUGAGGAUAUGUUGGUCCAGGCCGGGUAUGAGCGAGAUAUGAUUGAGAUGAGAGACAUCUCAGAGCACGUCUUCACGGGUAUAGCAAGUUACAUAAGGAAGCAAGAUGCCGAACUGAGGAGAUAUGGGAUGACUGUGGGCAAGUUCAAGGGAGCUGCGAAAGCUUUCAAUUGGUGGGCUAGGACUGGGGUGGUGAGGGGGUUCGUGGUGGUCGCACGCAUGCCGGAGUAG